GCGCUUUAAAGGAAGGAAUCGUCGCCGUGAGGAAGCCACGCGACUUCUGCCACUAGAUUUCUAUUUACAUGAACGCUGUAGCGAAGCAUCUGUUCAGGACAGUUGGUAAAUGCUUCUACUUUCAUGGAAGUCUUGUAAAUGACUGUAACCGUAUUGCGCUCCGUCUGCUGAGGAACUUGUGAGCAGAUAGAAAAAUGGCUUUUGCCACUUUGUUCUCUGGAUUGUCUCCUAUGGCUGAGGAUGUGAGGAAUCCUGGUGGUUCUCAUACUACACCAAGCAACAGAUCAGAGGAUGGUUCAAGAGGAAAGAGGAAAACGCAGGGAGAGCAACACGGCUCUUAUAAGAAGAAAUGUCAACAGUUCCAGACAGAAGACAGCGCCACCUGCUGGAGCAAACCCUGCCAAAAGCAAGCUGCUAAGAGUGAACGCUCUUCUCCGGGCCAGAUGUAUAAAAGCCACUUUAACUGGAGUCAAAACAGCAGGCAGGGCGGCUAUGGGCCGUAUAAUCAAACUAAAGAUAACGGAAACAUGAAUAAGAUGCAUCAGUGGAAUCAGAAGAAGAAAAAGAAACAACCUAAUAAUAGAAGGGCAAAACCAAAGUUAACACUACAGGAGAAACCAAAAUUCAUGAGUCAGGAGUUUAAGGACCAGAACGCCGUGUUGUUUGAUGGACGUCUACUCUGCAGACAUUUUCUUUUUGAACGAUGCAUUAAGGAAGAUCAGUGCCAGCUGGAACAUGCAACAUGCAACGACAUCAUCAAAGAAGCCUGCAAAUUCUACAUCCAGGGAGCCUGCUUAAAGGGAGAGAAAUGCCCUUACAUGCAUAAGUCGUUUCCAUGCAAGUUUUUCCACAGCACAAGAUGUUUUCAAGAAGGAAAUUGCAAGUUCUCCCAUGAUCCUCUUACCGACAUCACUAAAAAACUGCUGGACGAGGUGUGGAAAAAAGAGGAAUGUUUAAAAGAACUUGCAAAGAACAAUGAAAAGGAGUCGUCAGAACAGAUGCCGAAAACGGAGGAGACCAAACCUGCUGAAGAAAACAAAAACCCUGAUUUUCUCACACAACCUCACAGGCCCUGCUUUUACAACAGUGCGGAUGCUGAGAAGGAACCCCCUGAGCAUCCUAUUGUAACAGAACCGUGUGUUUUAGAUAGAAACCAACCUGACGGCUCUACGUCGACCUCUCAGAGCCAACAGGAGCCCGUUCCAUAUUCAGUAGAAGCUGUGCUCGGACCACAGCUGUCCAGAACUUUGUCUAGUUUCUCCAAAACUCUUACAAGUCUGGAUGAUUCCUCUACCUCGGAACCUCAUGCUACUUCUAGCGGCACUUGUCCAAACCAAAGCAUAGCUCCCUACUCUGUUGAAGCUGUCCUUCGCUCUUAUUCAUCAGCAGAUGAUUCUCCCAAAGGCCAAACACCCGAUCCUGCUGCUAAAAGAAUCCCAUUUUAUGCACCACUUGUUAUUUCGGAAGAAAUCAAAGCUCCUCCUUUUAGGAAGGAGAAGCUGCCUUCAAGUCUCAGUGAGGAUGGAUCUCAAUGUACAAUGCCAAAGAGCUUGUCAUCAGUUGAAGUGAAAUGCGGCCUCGUUUCUGACCAAAUACCUGUUCUUUUUAACACACCUGAGGACGAGCAGAAAACUUACACAAAACAAGAGUUGUAUAAUCCGGAGAGGUCUGCAUCCUGCAGGAGUAAAGGACUGAAGAAUUCACUCUACCAACCGAAGCUCAAUUCUUCCACAGGAAGAGAUGCGAUUCCAGUUCACCCUGUAGCGACCUGUGAUAAGAAAAGAGACUCUGCUGGUGUCGUAUUUCAUAACUCUCAACUUCCUGAGAACUCCAGAAAUAAUCGCCUAAAUGUCCAAACUGGUACACAGGAACAGUUUUCUAACACCUCCCUAAAAUCCAUCAGCAGAGCUCCUAUUCUGGGAGAUGUUUCAGCUGCAGGGAAUAAAAUGCAGAAAAUACCAUUUAAAAGCCUUUUUGCAAGCCCCCUUACUGACAGUGCUGCUCCAGGAUCAGAGUCAGCAGCUGCAGCUGCGCCACUGCAGCAGGCUGAGGAUCGAAGACAUCCCUCCCUGCCCUUCAUCAGCCUUUUUGCUUCCCCUCUUAGUGAGAAUCCAUCUUGUUUUCCCCGUUCUGAGAAAAAAACACCGGACCCUGCUGACCCUCCCUGUAAGCAGCAGUUGGCAGAGAAUGCCGCAUUGAGCUCCAAACAGAGAGCCUCUGAUUCAAUCUUCCCGUCUCCAGUUAGUUCUCUCAGGGAAGCGUCUGCCGAAUCCUCCCAGAGGUCCAAAACCGUAAACCAUCUGAAAGAGCCGCCAUCUUCAGUUUGCAGCACUUUAUCCGACUCGCCUCGUAAUCCAUCUUCAAAUCGGACGGAUCAGAAUCAAUCCGAUGAUUCAUCUCCCAGAGCAACUUCGGUCCUGAAAUCCCUCUUUGUUGAGCUGACGCCGUUCCAGGAGGACGGAGAAUGACAGAACAGCGGUCAGAGCAGAGUCUGAUCAGUACUUUGGGGCACCAGUUGCACUACAGGCAAACCAGCGACCUUCCUCCAUCCACCACCAGUGGAAGUGCUAUGGGUGAACAGCUUUGGACCACACUACUCACCAGUCAACCACCAGCUCCAUUAACAUGCCUGUGGAGGAGGAAGAACAGCUGAUUAAUGAAACAAUCAAAUGCUGUUUUAAAGCUCUUAUAAAAUAAAUGCAAAGAUGUGAUGGUUAUUGGUUUGUAAAGUUAUGUAUGCACUAAAACAUUUUUAAGAAUAAAACAUUAA